UAGGUGGUAUUUACAAACAAAUCGGGAAAAUGGCUGCUCGCAUUCACCGCAUAGGGAAAAUAGGCGGUUUGCUUCGUCCGUCUUCCCGUGUCUUAUCCUGUUACAUUCCUAUAAUUCGUAGAUACUCAAAGGGAUUGAAUGGAAGCACAACCAGAAUAGGAUGUUCGUCAGGAUUCUGGGGAGACACGGCAGUUUCUGCCCCACAGCUUAUCUAUGGAGGGAAGAUCGACUACUUGGUAUCGGACUACCUGUCUGAAAUUACAAUGUCUUUGAUGACGGCUGCAAAAAAUAAAAAUCCUGAAAUGGGCUAUGCACCUGACUUUGUAUUGGCGUCCACUGCACCAUAUGUUAAAGAAAUCAAAAAGAGAGGUAUCCGUGUGAUAAGUAAUGCGGGAGGUACCAACCCUCAGGCGUGUGCGGCCGCCCUACGUGACAUCUGUAAGAAAGCCUCCGUUGAUCUAAACAUUGCUGUUGUCACGGGCGAUGACCUAAUGCCAAAGUGCUCCGAGAUGGAUGAACAAGGUUACAAAGAGAUGUUUUCUGGACAGAAGUUCCCUAGCACAGUCAACAGCAUGAAUGCCUAUCUGGGGUAAGAUAAAUCAC